AUGUCGAUUCGACGGAGGGGCAGCGUGCAACACCACGAAAGCGAUUUGGAAGUUCUUCAUCAUGACGAAGACAAGUUGGCCGAGCUGGGAUACAAACAGGAGUUGAAUCGGAGCUGGAGUGUGCUGCAUAAUUUUGGCGUAUCUUUCUCUAUUAUUAGUGUCGUUACUGGUAUCACGACAUUGUUCCAAUACGGUUUAACUGUUGGUGGCCCCGGGGUGAUGAGUGUCGGAUGGAUCGUCGUGACUUUCAUGACCAUUUUUGUUGGCCUCUCGAUGGCCGAAAUUGUCUCCGCUAUUCCAACCUCAGGAGGCCCUUACUUCUGGGCCGCUACGCUCGCACCCAAGUCGCAGGCACCUUUCUGGUCCUGGAUGACUGGCUGGUUCAACCUGCUCGGCCAGGUGGCUGUGACGACUGGUAUCACCUUUGGCUGUGCUAACUUGAUCUCCACUUUGGGUACGGUAAACGGGAGCUAUACCCCUUCAGCUGCCCGCACCAUUGGAAUCUACGCCGCUCUCCUGGUAUCCCACGGCGUGGUGAACACUUUUGGCGUCAACAUCCUCAGGUAUCUCAACAACACGUCGAUCGUUCUCCACAGCUUAGGUGUGUCUGCUAUAGCCAUAGCCGUUCUAGCAAAGGCCCCUAAACACCAAUCCGCUCGAUUUGUAUUCGCGAAGUUUAAUGAUGCGACCGGCGAGGAAGGCUCGACUUGGGGCGUUCGAGCAUCUCCAGCCUACGUCGCGGUAUGCGGGAUCCUCAUGUCACAGUACACUAUUACUGGUUUCGAUGCAUCCGCCCAUCUGUCUGAGGAAACCAAGAAGGCUGAAUGGUCCGCUCCGAUUGGUGUUCUGACGUCCAUCAUCGUUUCCGGCAUCUUUGGGUUUUUCUAUCUGUUGUCCCUCCUGUUCUCCAUCCAAGAUUUCGAACGUACUGUCGGCUCCGACUUUGGACAGCCCGUCCUGCAGAUCUUCGUUGACGUGUUUGGUACUAACGGGGCCAUUGUCCUCAUGACUCUUAUCAUCAUCUGUGUAUGGCACUGUGGCUUGUUCUCGUUGACUUCCAAUUCGCGCAUGAUGUUCGGCUUCUCGAGAGAUGGCGGCCUGCCAGCGAUCUUCCACAAGGUGGAUGUGCGUUUCAAAUGCCCGAUCAACACGGUCUGGCUGGCGGCAUUCUUAGCCUUCUUGCUCGCCCUCCCGAGUCUGGGUUCUUCCGUUGCCUUUGCGGCUGCGACUAGUAUUGCGACGAUUGGGUUGUAUAUUUCGUAUGGCCUUCCUAUCUUGAUUGGCCUGAUGCAUCCGCGUCUCUUUGAGAAGGGUCCUUUUAACCUUGGAAUGGCAUCCCGCCCGGUCGCUGCGAUUGCCUGUCUCUGGAUUGCCUUCAUUAGUAUCGUAUUCUGUCUUCCAACUGCGAAUCCAGUGACAAGCCAGACCUUGAACUAUACUGUUGUAGCUGUUGGCAUCAUUCUAUCCUUUGCGCUGGGAUCAUGGUUUGUUUGGGCGAGGAAGUGGUUCACAGGGCCGAUUCGGCAGGUCGAAGGACAGGCUGUUGUUAUUAGUCAAGAGGACCCUAUUUUGAUUGCUGAAGCAAAGUUGUAG